CGUCAAACCCCACCAUCCCACCACCGACACCAAGCACCGCCAUCCUUCCUCAAGCAAGCGACCAUGACCUCCCGAAUCGAGAAAACUAUAGCCCGCCAACAAGAGAAAAUCGCCGCAGGCGCCUACUAUGAAUCUCACCAGCAACUCCGUGUCAUCGCCGCCCGUUACCUCAAACAGCAGAACUACGAUGCCGCCGCCGAUAUCCUAGCAGGCGGCGCAAAGGCUCUUCUGAGAGUUCCUGCUGCGUCUGCGUCCGGUGGGGACUUGGCAACCAUGUUGAUUAUUGAUGUGUAUAAUAAGGUGGAGUGGGACGUUGGCGGGGAUGAGGUGGGGAGGGCGAGGAAAAAGCGGUUGAUUGAGCUGCUUCGCGAGUUUCCCCCUGAAGAGCCUACAAGGAAGAGAUAUAUGAAUGAGCUGAUUGCGUGGAGUGCGCGGUUUGGGAAGCUGGAGAGAGGAGAUCCUGAGAUACAUCAUGAGAUUGGGGUGUUAUUUGCGCAGGAGAACGAACCCUACGACGCAGAACGACACCUGGCCAUUGGCACCUCCGCCUCUGCUGAAAUCCUCGCCGACCUCGAAUACGACUGGUACACGAACGACGAACCCCACACGGCAGGCACCUACGCUUCCCGCGCAGUUUUUCCCUACCUCCUCACUGGCAACCUACGUGACGCCAAUAAAGCCUUCUCAGUCUUCACCAGUCGCCUGUUGUCCUCAGAAUCCAGUAAAGUCCUAAAUGUCCAGCAAGUCAGCAGCCAGAGCGCAGAUGUGCGCGUCUUCCCUUCCCUGCCCAUUUUAAAUUUCACAAGCCUCUUGCUGCUGGCUAUCCAGCGCGGCACGACAGAUUUAUUCAGGCAAUUGACCAGACAGUAUGCGAUUCAUAUAAAGGAGGUGGACGGAUUGGAGAGUGCGUUGGCGCAUAUCGGUGAGUUGUAUUUCGGAAUUAAGAUUCCGAAACAGUCUAACCCGCUCAUGGAUAUGAUGGGGAUGAUGUUUGGAGGUGGUGGUGCUGGAGCAAAACCAGCUCGACAGCAGAGGACCGCAGGGAAAGCUGAGACGCAGCCGCUGGCGAUGGAUUUGGAUUAAAGGGGGUCUGUAAUCUUUUGCUCGUCGGAAGGGGAUUUUAUGGUAUUAAGCUACCACAGGCAGAAGCCCAUGGCUCGCGGACAGAUUACAAGUAACGCACGGCAAUGAUCUAGACAUGAAUUUCAUCCUCGA